GCCACUAUAUACACCUGGAACUUGAUUUUCAAAUUCUUUACUUGCUUCUUUACACAUUACCCUGUUAAUUGCUCCCACUAGUCUCUGAUAAAUUAUCAUGCUUUGAGGUAAUGACACAUAUCUUAAUGGAGAAUAAAGAUCCAGAAUCAUGGAGUUGUGCUCAUAUCCACCAUUCUCAGUGGCUUCAAACAACCAUAUCAGAUUUGAAUGCGAAGAUGGAGGCCAUGAUGACCAUUUUGGAAGGUGGAACCCAAGAUCAUGUGCAUUACAAAUGGAAAGAAGAUCUCAUAGAGAUGCUUGAAGAACUUGGCCAAUCUUACCGUGUUUUAGUCAUAUCAUAUAAUCAACUGAAGUCUAAAGCAUCCAGCAGGACCUGUCUUUCAGGAUCUUCAUCAUCUUCUGGUACAUUAAAAACCAGAUCUGCUAUCUGCAAUAAAACAGCAACAGGCAACUUAGAGGAUGAAAUACUCAAGCAGGGUUGUAAUCGCUAUCCCAAAUCUCGCAAGGAGCACUCAAAUGGAAAAUUCAAUGGCAUUGACAUGCAUUUUGAGCUUUUAAACAAGCAAGAUGAUGAAUACCAUGAAUUAUCCUCAGCUGGCUCAUGCAGCAUGAAAUUUAAAUCCAAACAUGAACGCAGAGAUUCUCAAAUGGAAGAGGUAAUUACAAAUUUUUCCACAGAGGAGAAUAUUUUAAUGAAUCUUGAGGAUUUGGAAUUAAAUGAGAAAAAUGAAGAUCCAUCAAUGAUCAAUUUCAAAUUUGACAGUAAGUGGACAAUGUUGAAGUAUCAAAUUACAAAACUUACAGAGGAUAAUCUGCAUCAGUUGGUAGAGUUGGUCCAAAGAAAUGAUGAAAAGAGAGAAACCAUUAAAAGGCUUCAGUUAGAGGUGGAAGCUUUGAAGCGUGAGAACAAGGUCCUACAGACUUCUUUAAGGAACUCCAAUGCUUAUUCAGAACGCAGUCAACCUCAGAUAUCAACACCACGAAGAAUGUCUAUGGCCAAGAUCUUCGAAGGUUGGUCUCCGUGAUAUUUUGUAGACUUCACAUCCUAAGAGUCCGGUAUUCCAACCAAGCAACAAACUCUUAUCGAUAAUUCUGGAAGAAGUUAGCUAUUAGAUAAGCACAAUAAGUACCCACAAGAGUUAUAACAUGAUGCUCUGGCAAUUUGUUU